UCCGAACCGAACUACCAAACCGAACCAAACUCUUAUACGGUUUAAUUCAGCAAUAUUUUAGUUGAACUGAACUAUCCAAAAAUUGAACUACCCGAACCCGCCUGCCUACAUUGGUCUAUAUGUUUUUUUUCAGAACACUAUACUUGAUCAUUCUACUUUCUACACUGAAUUUUUUAGUUUCAUGUUUUGUAUAUAUCCUAAUGAACUUGGCUUUUGUUUAUACAAAAGGUAGAUUCUAUCUUACAUGAAAUAUUUGUUUGUAUCUCAAAAUUAUAAAAAUAGAGAACAAUUUGUAAUGUCAACUAGCUGUUAUCUUUAAAAUUUUGAACAAUUUGUAAUGUCAACUAGCAGUUACUAAAUAGUGCGAGUGAAAAUGCUAAGAAAAACUUUGAUUACUUAGAGCCACCAUAAAAAUCUUUCUUUCGUUUUAGGUUUCUCAAAAGGUCAGAGCCGGUUUUGCAUGUAUCGAUAAUUGAAUCCUUAAGCACACUUGAAAUACUUGACUACAAUGAACAGCCUUUGAUACAUCUGAAAGUCUAAAUCUGCAAGCAGCAAUAAUGUAAAAUCUCUCGAUUUAAGCUACAUUGACAAGUGGAAUCCCGCUCAAGUUGUCUUACUUAAUCAGUAGACCAAACAAAAUGGUUUACUUUUAGCAUUAACCGAGUGUGAUUAGAUUAGCGGAUUUACCGUAGAGAUGACGCGGGACCUUUUCUUGAUUUUUAAUUAAAAAAAUGGAACCGGUCUUCCUGGUUAAAGUGAGUAUAAAAACAUAAAAAGAGCACCAUGACCAAACACACAACACAAACCAAAGUUAGAAACUGACAGCAUCUACUGUCUCUCCGUAUCCAAAAAGAGAAGAAACAAAAUCACAUUACCAAGAAACAGCAGCUGCCGGAAAAUGCUGACUUGUAUAGCUCGUUCGAAGCGAGCCGGCGAUGAAACCUCGGGUCAACCCGACGAUCCGGAUUCCAAGCAAGCCAAAUCUCUAACAUCUCAGCUCAAAGAUAUGGCUCUGAAAGCUUCCGGUGCUUACCGACAUUGUACGCCGUGUACGGAGGGGGAAGUGCAACCGCCGAUCAAGAGCACUCCGGUGACGACAAAGUCUGAUCCCGAAUCUGAUCAACGGUUUAAAAUGCUGUACGGUAGAUCAAACAGCUCGAUAACAGCCACGGCGGCGGCGGCGGCGACGCAACAGCAACAGCCUAGAGUUUGGGGAAAAGAGAUGGAGGCGAGGCUGAAAGGGAUAUCGAGCGGCGAGGCGACUCCGAAGUCGGCGAGCGGGAGGAACCGGGUAGACCCGAUAGUGUUCGUGGAGGAGAAAGAGCCAAAGGAGUGGGUCGCUCAGGUGGAGCCAGGUGUUCUCAUUACGUUCGUGUCUCUUCUCGGCGGUGGUAAUGAUCUCAAGCGGAUACGUUUCAGCCGAGACAUGUUCAACAAGUUACAAGCGCAAAGAUGGUGGGCAGAUAACUAUGACAAAGUGAUGGAACUUUAUAAUGUUCAAAAACUAAGCCGCCAAGCCUUUCCCCUUCCCACGCCUCCUAGAUCCCAAGACGAGAAGGAGUAUCAUCCAGAGGAUACUCCUACAACACCGCCUUUAAACAAAGAACGGUUGCCUCGCAACAUCCAUCGUCCAGCUGGAUUGGCUGGUUGCUCAUCUUCGGAUUCCCUCGACCACAGUUCAACCCAAAGCCGGCAGUUUAACGACUCUGGAAUACUAAACUCAACUCCUAAACUCUCAAGCCUAAGCGGAGCCAAAACAGAAACAUCUUCCAUAACAAGCUGCUCGUCCAGAGACGCAGACCGGUCAGAAGAGAUGUCUGUAAGCAAUGCGAGUGAUGUUGAUCAGAACGAGUGGGUGGAGCAAGAUGAGCCUGGCGUUUAUAUCACCAUUAAAGUCUUACCAUGUGGGAAAAGAGAGCUUAGAAGAGUCAGAUUCAGCCGAGAGAUAUUUGGGGAGAUGCAUGCGAGGGUAUGGUGGGAAGAAAACAGGGCAAGGAUACAUGAACAAUACUUGUGAUCAUCUUCUGGUUUAGAUGCAUUAAACCGGUUUUGUGUUUUUUAUUUUUUUCUCAUUCUCGGUAUACUGUUUAUUCCAAGCUGAAGUAAAAAGAGAACCCUUCCGCAAGCACUCCUUGUGCCUCCUAGUCACACAUAUUUUAAAUAUCAACUGCGGAAUAUGUUUAAGGAGGUUUCAUAUUUUUUUUCCUUAACAAAAGAAAAUGCUUAAGCUUGGAAUAUAUAGUGUUGGCUGGUUUGCUCAAUA